AACCUCAUAUUGCAUGUGUUGCAGCAUUAAACAUGUGCGGAGGCCUUGCGAGGCGGGCGAGACAUCAUGCCGUCAAUGCCCUUACACGUCCGCGGACCGUGUGUGAGAUAAAGUGUGGGGCUGUCGCGUCGCUGCAGCUGUGAACCACACUGGCUACUCUUUCGAAUUGAUCCCUGCCCAGGUGGUCAUGAUAUGGUCGAGCUCUAGGAAGACAUAAAUGAUACCUUUACACAUAAUUAAACAUUUUCUUCAGAAUACCUCAUACAGCAAGCUCAUAUUAAGACAGACUCGUCUGCAGAAUUGCCACAAUGAGUGAAGCAGCAGCAGCUACAUGCGGCCGGAUCCCGAUCACGAUCAUCACGGGAUUCGCAGGCUCUGGCAAAACCACAUUAAUUCUAAAAUUGAUUCCACAGCUUCGAGCAGAGAAUCCUGGUUACAAACUAGCCUUGAUCAAGAACGAAAUUGGCGACCUCAAUGUCGAUUCUCAGUUAGCCGAAGCGGCUGAAAUGACUGGAAGCAAGGAACUUUUGGGCGAUUGCAUAUGUUGUACCAACGUUGGCCAAAUCGGAGACGCGUUAGAGACAUUAGACAAAGAGAACAACCCAGACCGAAUUAUUAUCGAAACAUCAGGCAGUGCUGAACCAUUGAAACUUGUUCUCGAAGUGAAUCGACUGUCCAAGGAAACUGGUCGCUAUGAUCUGGAUGGUGUCAUCAGUGUGAUUGAUGCCGAAAAUUGGGGAGGUUAUGCAAAUACAUCCUAUACUGCCAAGCUCCAAGCGAAACAGACCGAUUUGAUCGUGAUCAAUAAGUGGGAGAGCUUGGGAGAGCGUGAAUUCGACAUCUUCCUGGAUCGGCUCGGCGACCUGGACGUCGAUACUCCGCAGACGAAGAGCGAUCAGGGCUGGAUCAGCAAGGAUCUCCUUUUUGGUUUCGACCAGAAACUUGCAAGGGCAUGGAUAGAGGAGGGCUCACAACACGUUAACAACCACGACCAUGGGCAUGCUGAGGGCGAUCACAAACAUACUUCAGAGAUUGAGUGUCUAUCUGUGACAUUGACCUCGACCACAACCGGCCCGAAUUCCAGUGUUGACACCCAGAAGUUGGACCGUUUGCUCCGAUCAGCGCCGAAAGACGAAGUGUAUCGAAUCAAAGCCGUUCUCUACAGCAAUACGCCACCGAAAAAUGGGGACGGCAGUGUCGUGGACGGCCCUGUAGCUGGACGGGGGCGUUACAUUUUGAACUGGUCAUUCGGGCGUUGGACGUGGGCUCACGAUGCGAUAAACGAUGCGCACGCACCGACUCUCAGGAUGUCGAUCUUCACAGCGCCCUAUGAAUCGAAUAAGUGGACGAAAAAGAUCGAGAGUGGUGACUUCGUCGCUCUCGAAGGAAAUUCUCAAGGUGCUCUUGGGGUCAAGAAGGUCCAAUAAGAGUUGAGGCGUCGCAAGGCUCGUGGCGUCCGAGGUUGUCUUGGUAUUUCGCAUACGGCGGAUCGGGAAUAAAGUCAGUAGUUGUCCCGGAGCGCGGACACUGGCACGCAAUGCAAUCGGAUGCCGCCCCUUUCAACCAGGAGGCCCAGUCGGCUACUGCGGCAGAGCAACAACGAGGAUAGAAUGACCGAGAGCUCAUGACACAUUCCUCGUUUGCUAUUGACUCGUCUCGCUGCUGGGAUUCAGCUGCAAAUGCAUGUAAUGACACCUAGACGCCCAGCGCCGAUCCAGAGAAAAUCAAUCCCUUCACGGCGCAUACACAGGUGCACCGUCCUCAUAUGGCUCGUCUCUGAUACCGUCUUUCGUAAUAACCUUCACAAAAACUCCUUUGAAGUCAAUCGGC